AUGAUAAAUGCUCAUUCGGCCUACCUCAUGCUGUGGUUGGGAGGCAAGAACUUUGACAUCCUUAAAGUAGAGAAAGGAGAGGAGGGUGAGCCUUCUAGGGAUGGGGAACCACCAGUGAAAAGGGAUGGGGAACCACCCGUGAAAAGGGAUGGGGAACCACCAGUGAAAAGGGACGGGGAACCACCAGUGAAAAGAGACAAGGAACCACCAGUGAAAAGGGAUGGGGAACCACCAGUGAAAAGGGACGGGGAACCACCAGUGAAAAGGGAUGGGGAACCACCAGUGAAAAGGGACGGGGAACCACCAGUGAAAAGGGACGGGGAACCACCAGUGAAAAGGGAUGGGGAACCACCAGUGAAAAGGGACGGGGAACCACCAGUGAAAAGGGACGGGGAACCACCAGUGAAAAGGGAUGGGGAACCACCAGUGAAAAGGGAUAGGGAACCACCAGUGAAAAGGGAUGGGGAACCACCAGUGAAAAGGGAUAGGGAACCACCAGUGAAAAGGGACGGGGAACCACCAGUGAAAAGGGAUAGGGAACCACCAGUGAAAAGGGAUGGGGAACCACCAGUGAAAAGGGACGGGGAAUCACCAGUGAAAAGGGGUGGGGAACCACCAGUGAAAAGGGAUGGGGAACCACCAGUGAAAAGGGAUGGGGAACCACCAGUGAAAAGGGAUAGGGAGCCACCAGUGAAAAGGGACGAGGAACCACCAGUGAAAAGGGACAGGGAACCACCAGUGAAAAGGGACGGGGAACCACCAGUGAAAAGGGAUAGGGAACCACUAAUGAAAAGGGGUGGGGAACCACCAGUGAAAAGGGAUGGGGAACCACCAGUGAAAAGGGACGAGGAACCACCAGUGAAAAGGGAUAGGGAGCCACCAGUGAAAAGGGACGAGGAACCACCAGUGAAAAGGGACAGGGAACCACCAGUGAAAAGGGAUGGGGAACCACCAGUGAAAAGGGACGGGGAACCACCAGUGAAAAGGAAUGGAGUUGGCCAGUGA